UGGAGGUUGCAGAAAAAAAAGUUGAAAUUAACAACAAAAAAGAGAGGCAUGCAUUGGAUCUUUGUCGAAUGAAUGUGUGAACUAAUUAGAUACUGCACACUCAGAAAGCAAAAACCUACAAUUCACGAAUCUAGGACACUCAACCACAUCCAACGAGGCUUAAGUGAAAGACACAAAAAGCCACGUGUCAUCUGCUAUUCCUGAACAAUGUCUCUGCUGAAAUAUUAGUUCUGCCAGCUACAAAGACAACUGAGGUCUGAGGAUGACGAAUGCCUCUGGGAAGUCACUAAAUUUGUUAGGUAUAAAAGCCAAGACUUCAGCUGAGCUCUGUGCACUGAUGUGUGCGUUAAUCUACCCUGGGUAUCUAUCAUUCUGCCAUCACGGCGGGCAGUGUCUUCCCUGGUUUCUGGGUUGGUGGCUUUGAACUUGCAGCACCCACGCCCUCAGCAAGCAGAGUUGCCAAGCAGGUGUGCCAGCUUCCAGAAGCCCAAAAUGCCCAUUGGCACUUGGUAACCACCCCAGUUUCCCCAUCCUCUGCGCUGCUGCAGAUUGGUUGGGGCAGCCGGGGUAGGCAGGCUCUAAGACAUGACUGAGCAUGCACACACUGUUCCCACAGGUUUUCGGCUGUGGAGUUUGGGAGCUGGGAGCUGGGAGCCCAUUUGUUUCUGGCAGUUCAGUUCAUAUUUUCCACUUGAAGACAUUGCCUCCCUUCCUUCCAGGCUGGGAAACCAGAAGUUGACAGGAGGAGAGUGGAGAGGCUGGAUCUCACAGCCCGCUUGGUCGGGGAUUCCGCUGAGGAUUUUGCAUCCUGAAGCAAAGCAUGGAACCCUGGUGGGGACUCCACGGCCUGACAGUCCUGUGUUUCCUAAUGCAUGCCCGAGGUCAGAGAGACUUUGACUUGGCAGACGCCCUUGAUGACCCUGAACCCACCAAGAAGCCAAACUCAGGUUACUUCAAUGAUGGGGACCGCAAUGACGGACACUACCCGCCCAGGCCCAGGCCACCUGCAGGAGGCGGCGGCGGUGGCUACUCCGGUUAUGACAGCUCCGGCAACACACACGGUGGAGACUACCACGUGGGGCAUGACUCCUCAGAAGGCAAUAUGGUAGCAAAAAUCGUGUCUCCCAUUGUAUCCGUGGUGGUGGUGACACUGCUGGGAGCAGCAGCCAGUUAUUUCAAACUAAACAGUAGGAGAAAUUGUUUCAGGACCCAUGAACCAGAAAAUGUCUGAAGAUGUUAAGAUCCCCUGAUUACUUUGAGAAAAGCUCAACCAAAACAAGAACCCUGUUUAUCACUGUUAUAGAAAUUUCCUUUUAUUCUUGACACAAUUUGAUGAGCUAAAGUGUGUUUUCUUCUGUGUGAAGUACGUGAGCUGCCUCACUAAGAAUUCCCAACUCAUUGGAUGUGAUGUGGUUAUAAAGAUAAGUUGGGCAGCUAGACCCUGCAUUGUAAAAAAAAAAAAAAAAAAAUUGCUUUCUCUGUUGGUUUGUCAUUCAUUCACACAGAGAGACUGUGGCUCUCUGUUCUGAAAACUUCAGGUACUUCAUGGUGCAGUAACACACACAUGAUUAACCAUGGUGAUGUGACAAAGCAGUAAGCAGUAGGGAGGGAAUGUUAUCAGCUUCUGGGAGGUGAAGAAUACUGUUGAGGUUCCAAGGAUGCUGGACCUAUGCUGAAUUCUUCAGUGAUGUCAAAAAUCAUUGAGCAUUCGUUAUUGCUAAUGAAGUGGGUAUGAAUUAUUUCUGAUACCCACAAGCAAGGUUUGAACCUCCUUUCAGCUCUGAUGUAUCUGCACAUAAAGCUAUUAUUACCUGAGAAAGUAAGUCUGCAUUUUGAAAUGUUCAGUGCAAAACGACUUAUGUUAAAACCAUCUGGGGGAAAUCCUGGGAUACUUUUUCCCGGGAAAUCAUAUAGUUUUGAUGUGUUUUGGCACAUAGGAGACAGAAAUGGCGAUUAUCAGAAGUAUUUUCAGUCUUUGAAAUUCUGUAAGUACUAGUUCCUAAGGCAACAACAUUGCUUUCCUUGCUUUAAACUUUUUCAAUUCACCAGAGUAGGAAGUCUUAAAUCCUUAGGCAUUCAAGAAGUAUGCUAGCUAUUUGCUUCUCUUUUAGAAACACUUGUGGGCAGAGGGAAAAGGAUGGUUCGGGCCUAUUUGUAUAGCUUGAUUAAACUAAGGUUAAUGUUCAUAACACAUUUAGAUUUUGCCCUAAAUAUCAGAACCAAAGAUUAAGACAUUCAUGUACAGUCUGGAGUGUACAUACAGGACCCAUAAAAAUUUCCAGUGUUCAUGCUUUGUGCUCAUCAUUGUGAAUUGGGGUCUUCAAAGAGAGAAGGUUGAAAGUGAAAACCACUUGAAAGAGCUCCCCAAUUUGUAAAAUACCUUCAACUAAUAAUUCACAUUAGGUAACUCAGAGCUGUGUGUCUCAAAUUGUGGAUUCAUGUGUAACUUGUGCAAUUUGAAGAUAGCACAUAUUUCCUAUUUCAGUAUUCGCUCCUGCAACACUUUUUAAUUCUUGUAGAAGUUCUCUUGUAGAAAUGGUGACGUCUGAUGCUUAGUUACUAUUUUCUCUAUAAGAAUUUCAACAUGAGCUUAAUUAAAUUCUUGUGAAAAAGUCUUUGUGUUUUUAGUUACAUACACACACACAUACCUACUUAAAUGGAAUCUAAACAUUUUUAGCUUUUAAUCCAUUCCAUUUUCUAAACUGUCAUAAACCAUUUUUAAUCAUUUUAAAUAAAGGUAAGAGAAAAAAUACUGGA